AUGCGGAUUCCUAUCGCCGUGCAGCUGGGGCUGCUCGUGCUCAUCACGACCCUGACGGGAAUUGCCAUCCUGGCCAUUGCAACAUGGUUUACUACCUAUGACUUCGUGGUCGACGUGGGGUCGCAGGGUCUCGAGCUCGUGGCAUCCAUCAAGGCCAGUCAGAUCGCGUCGACACUCGAGGUCUUUGAGGUCACCUGUAAGACCAUCUCCACCCGAAUCUUGAUCCAAGCCGCCCUCAAGCGAUACUAUGCCGGCAAUACUUCCACCAGCAAUUGGGACAGUUCGACCCUGGAUUUCCAGUCGGCCUUGGGGGGCCGAGGGUACCUCAGCAUGUACCAGGCGAUGCUAUAUUCCCGCAAUGAUGACAAUGGAGUCUCACGACUGCUCAAUGUCACGAGUGACACCCUCCCGGAUAUCACCCUGCCAUACACAGACGCCAACGGGAGCGCGGUCAUGCUCGGCGCGGAUGUCUUUCCUCCCAUGCUCUAUCCAAACUUGACCUACACACACACCUCGAACGAGACUUCUUCAUGGACCGCAUAUGCCUUUCCCGACUAUGCGCUGGGCUUCAAUACGACGCUGAUGCUGGGCCCGCUUUGGGUCAACGACUCAUUCUCCUUGGUCUCGUUGACCCUACCCAUUGUGAACAACACUUCGGACACCGAGCUCCUGGGCUACAUGACCGUGCUGGCGAGCGCCGCGAAUAUCCAAGACGUGCUCUCAUCGCGCGAUGGACUCGGAAACACCGGUCAGGUGCUGCUGCUGGGACCAUUGCGACCGGAGAACCUGUUCGCCGCAGAUGCCCAGCCGGCAACCGCCACUUCAGCCGCCGACUCAGCAGCUUUGGCAGAGGCCCAGGUGCAUUAUGUCUUUGAGCCGACACCACUCCCCGGCCAGGCCAGCCGACAUCGUCAGAUGACAACGGCUACCCCCUUCGCGCUGUCCCAGUACCCGAUGGCAUGGAAGAUCAUGGUGCAGCCAUACAAUCGGGCGAACAAGGCCGUGAGUCGGCUGACAACAACCAAUGAAGAAGGAUCCCAGGUGGCCGUGGGCGUCAUUCGCCCUCAGACGAAACUCGCACAGUGGAUUUUGAUUGUGGAAGAGACGCAUUCAGAGGCAUUUGGUCCCGUGUUGCGCUUAAGAAAGAUCAUAUUGGCGUGUGUCUUUGGCACGGCGGGCGUCAUCCUUCUGGUCGUGCCACUGCUCACUCACUGGGCCGUGGCGCCAAUCCGAAGACUGCGAGAAGCUGCACGAAAGUCCGUGGUCCCACAAGUGCAGAGCCCGCCAUCUUCGCGACAGGCACCCAAAGACAGCAGCAACACCGACGAGGGUGACGUCGAAGCCGUGGAGGAGCAGCUGAACGAAAAGAGCAGCCCGGACUCUUGGUUGAAACAGAUUCGGCGACCGCUGCAGCGAUUCAACAGUACGACCAACGCACUGAGUGGCACUGCUCCUCGACCCUUCCAGAUUCCGGCACGCGUCAAAGAACGUCGGCACUGCGUGAGGGAUGAGCUGACAGAGCUGACCAGCACCUUCAAUGAAAUGUCCGAUGAAUUGACCAUCCAGUACAACCGUCUGGAAGAGCGAGUGGCUGAGCGAACCCGUGAAUUGGAAAAGGCCAAGCUGGCCGCCGAGACGGCCAACGAGAGCAAGACACUGUUCAUUGCCAACAUCUCCCACGAGCUCAAGACCCCACUGAACGGCAUUCUGGGCAUGUGCGCGGUUUGCAUGGGCGAGGACGACCUGUCUCGGGUCAAAAAGUCCCUCCAAGUGGUCUAUCAGUCUGGCGACUUGCUUCUCCAUCUGUUGAAUGACCUGUUGACGUUCAGCAAAAAUCAAAUCGAGCAGGCCAUCCAGCUGGAGGAGAAGGAGUUCCGUCUGUCCGACAUUCGAUCCCAAUUGACCACCAUCUUCCAAAACCAGGUCCACGAGAAGCGAAUCAACUUCAGUGUGGACUGUUUUGCAGGCGAUGACAUCCAAACAGGUCCCCGGAGCCGCAUGUGCAUCGACCAGGACCAUGGGCAACCGCGGUCCAGUUUCGACGCCGCACAACCGGCGAAGCUCAUGGACAUGGUUCUGUGGGGUGAUCAACAUCGAAUCCUACAGGUGUUGAUCAACUUGGUGAGCAACAGUCUCAAGUUCACACCCGAAAAGGGAACGGUGGAGGUGCGGAUUCGGUGUCUGGGUGAGAGAACCAGCGCCCUCGAGGAUGUUGAGCCGCCCACAGAAGGUCGCACGGGGAUUUCACAGCUGGUCGUCGAUACAUCUCCAAUUCGAAGUACCGUGCCCGAAAGGGCUCGUUCACCGGUGGAAACUGCGAACGAAGACCAGUUGUCGGCAAUUUCUCACCUUCCACAGUUGACCUUCCAAUUUGAAGUCGAGGACAACGGACCUGGUAUUCCAGGACAUCUUCAGCGAAGCGUGUUUGAUCCCUUCGUGCAAGGUGACUUGGGAUUGAACCGGAAGUAUGGAGGCACGGGACUGGGACUGAGCAUCUGCGCCCAACUGUCCCACAUCAUGGGCGGUGUGAUUCUUUUAGACAGUCAAGAGGGGCGAGGCUCCAAUUUCACAUUGCGAAUUCCACUCCGGUUUGUCAAGGAGCUUACACCAAGCACACUGGCGCCCAGCACGCCAGGUUCCCGAACGCCCAGUGUGCUCUCCUUGGAAGAGUUCGCAAACGCAGCACGAACCCCAUCCAAUCACGGUUCUGUGCGAAAUGAGCCUCUUGCGCCUGGUUUCGAGAAAUCGGAUAUUCAGCCCCGACUGGUGGGCCUCAGUCAGCCCUUCUUUUCACCGACUGUUCCGUCGUCCACGCCGUCUUCUCCCGCCAAGAACGCUGGCUCGAACCAUGGGGCCAUGGCGAAAGAGGAACAUUCCAAGAAGAUCCGUGUGCUGGUCGCAGAGGACAACACCGUCAACCAAGAAGUUGUGAGACGGAUGCUGGCCCUUGAAGCGGUUUACGACGUGACCAUGGUCAAAGAUGGGCAAGAGGCAUUUGACACGGUCAAAGCCAACAUGGAAACGGGUGCAGUGUUUGAUUUGAUCUUCAUGGAUAUCCAGAUGCCGAAUUUGGACGGCCUGCAGAGCACGCGACUCAUUCGCGAGAUGGGAUACUCGGCCCCCAUCGUUGCGCUCAGUGCCUUUGCGGAAGAGAGCAACAUCAAGGACUGCAUGGAUUGCGGCAUGGAUAUGUUCAUGAGCAAACCGAUUCGACGGCCGGUGUUGAAGCAAGUCCUUCACAAGUUUGCCACCAUUCCUGAGGAAUCCGAGACCACUGCAUCUCGUUGA